CUCAUUUUUCUUUUCAAAUCAAAAGCUAAUCUCUGUAUUAUAUAAGAAAGAUUUUUUUCUAACGUUGUUUUGAAUUAACACGUCCUGUUAGAAUGUUUGGAUUAGCUGUUGUACUUUUAGUGCACAUUACUCAUGUUUAUGGGGCGUGUCCUCAUAUCAUCACUAGAGCCGAGUGGGGCGCUAGGCCACCGAAUGGUGAAUGGUUCUUGACCAACCCAGUGCAAUACGCUUUCAUUCACCAUUCAGCAGGACCUGACUGUCAUGAUAGGGCUAGCUGCCAGGCUCAGGUGAAGGCUUUCCAGAAUUAUCACAUGGACACACAUGGCUGGCCUGACAUCGGUUACACUUAUGUCAUUGGUGGUGACGGCUCUGUUUUUGAGGGCCGUGGAUGGGAUAGAGUUGGGGCCCAUACAUUGAACUACAACAGUGUUGGCUAUGGUUUCUGCUUGGUGGGUACGUUCACAAGCCACAUGCCCACUGCAGCUGCCCAGCAAGCGGUCAGAGACUUAAUCGACUGCGGUGUCCAGCUAGGGAAGAUCAAACAGGGCUACACCCUAAGAGGCCAUCGGGACAUGCCCGGACAAAAUACCGAGUGUCCUGGUACAAUGUUUUGGAAUGCGAUCAAGCAAUGGUCUCAUUAUUAAAGGACAGAAUAGCGUGUCGGCGAUCUUUAUGACAUAGAAAUUAUUUUCAAUUAUUCUUCUCAAUUACAUCUUGCACGUAUCAUAGGA